AUCGCCUUCGCCCAGCCCACCCAGGCCCCCUCCUCAACCGGCAGCGAUGACGACGACGAGGACGUGACGAGUACCAUCUACCGCACCACUUACCUGCCUUUGGAGAUGGCCCCCACUGGCGCCUGCACCUGCUAAGUGGAAACGGCUUAUCUGACAAGCCCCCUCGGCAAUGCAAUCAACACGGCAUAUGGCGAAACGGAAACCGGGGUGUAAUUUUGGUGGUGGAGUGUGUUGUGUAUAUAUUUGUCUCGCUUGCGGCAAAUUUUCUUGAAUGUCGAUGGUUUGGUGUAAUAUUUCUGGCCACAAAAACAUGAACAACCCGAGCAUGGCCGGCAGAAGUGUGCCCGAUCUGGAGAGCACUUCAAAUCCAGCCCUGAAGCCUCUUGCAAUCAAACUUGCAGGGUCUCUACACAAUUUCUUCACUAUGUCCUCUUUAUAUGUGUGCGCGCUCCAAUUUGUCAAUGUCUCAAUGUCUUGCGACGAAAAAGAAUUGAAAAAAAAAAAAAAAAAAACCCCCCCGAGUACCACAUGUACCGAAAUGCAUGGCAAUGGCCCAAAGAAUCUUGAAUGGAUCCAAACCCUCCCCAUUGAACGCAGGCCUGGCGACCCCAGCGAUGCCAAUAAUAGCCCGCGCUGCCACAACUCCGCGACGCCAAGGCGCGUCGAGACGGUGGAGGCGGUAGGAAACUCCGACCCCAAACAAGCACGUACGCAUAUGCAGCGCCGUCCAAUCUCACCCAAAAUGGAUUCGCUAUCAUGCACGCUCCAACGGCGCCUGGCAUUUCGUCCUGUCUCCUAUCAUCUAUCUUCACCUGACGUGUGUUUUGAUAGGUUUCUUGUCUGUGGAUGGGUCCCAAAGGUGAAUGACAGGCCAUAGAAACCUUACCCAUUGAACCCGGGAGCUCGGACGCGCAGGCACCACACAGUAAAAGCUGAUGUUCAAGAGCAGGGUAGCAUCCGGAUCCGGGCACGGGGCAGGGGCAUGCAACAGAGAGCCUUAUCGCAACACCACAACCCGUGGUCAGGGUUG